AUGUUCAAACUUAUAAUAUUCGUGUUAAUAUUCAACAUUUUGUGUAACAAUUUUCAAGUUCCCGCGGUUCCUCAAGAUGAAGACGAGACCAAAAAACUAGACAAAGAAAAAAUUAUGCUACAACGUCUUGGAUUGUCCAAGCAGCCAGUGAACAUCAACAGAACCGGGGAAGAAGAACGUUCUGUGACAUCCUUUAUGAUGACAAUUCACUCGGGUUCAUUCGACCAAUCGCCGUCUGUUAACAACACAAACGAUAAUUUUCACCAUUUGGAUUUCAAAAAAAUAAACGAGAGUGACCUGAUUGCGACUUUCAUGCCCCAGCAACCGCUCAAAGGACGUGGCGGGAAGCCAGAUAAAAUCCAGCGCAUGUGGUUUGAUGUCUUGCUCAUCGGAGAGGGCCAAAAAAUCCUGGGAACUGACUUGAGAUUUUAUCGCGAUACAUCAAAAACAAUCGAUAAGUAUCGUGACCUGUCUUUCAACAUGACUGUCUACAGAACGGAUCUAACUGGCGGUAAAAGAAAUUUCAUUUACGUCAACUCGACUAUCGUGGACGCCGAUUUCAACGGAUGGGUUGUUUUGGACAUCACCGAUUGCUUCAAAUGGUGGACCGGAAAUAUCAAUACCAAUAAUGGACUGAAGAUUAUCACGACUCCUAUCAGCAGAACGAGUUCCAAAAGAUUUCAUCAAGUGAAGCCCGAGCAACUGGGAAUCGUUGGAUUUGAAACCGAUCCUGACAAACACGCAUUUGCUGUCGGGUAUUACCAGAGUACCCAGCAAGGUAUUGAGGUACCCGAAGUCAGCAACGUCAUCAGCAGACACCCCAGGAGUACGAACAUCCAUGACUAUAUUUUCGAAGAUCAGUCUUUGGACGAAAGUCUGAUGAACCCUUCGGAAAUACGAACGAAUCGAUUACGCAAAUCGAGGUGUAAUUUAAUAGACCAAACUCUUGAUUUUGUUGACAUCGGAUUUGAUUUUAUAGUGUACCCUAGUAUGAUUGAUAUGAAUGAUUGCAUCGGUACAUGUCGAUUUCCCUUCCCAGUUCAGGCGAACGCGACCAACCACGCAGUUUACAAAACUAUGUUGGGAAAAAAUGAAGUAUCGAGACUAAACCUGGCCAAUUGUAUUCCGAUUUCGUUUGCGGAACGGCAAUUUUUGUAUUACGUCAACAAUAACAUUUUGCUUCAUUUGAAAUGGAAAGAAGCCUCAGCUACUGCAUGCGGAUGCCGUGGAGUGACUUUUGCCGCCGAAGAACCAGAUGGUUCGCCAGAAAUAAAAGAGAAAUCAGAUUUUGACAUUAGUUCAGACGGUUCCAAAGACGAUGAAGAUCAAAGCCAGACAUCGGCCGCGUUUUUCUUGGUCGACUUGUAG